AUAGAGUGUGAGCUUCCAUAUGCCGUGCAUCGUACCAUUACUCCUGAGAUUGAGAAAACCGGAACUCACGUCCACAUCCCUGGUAAGCACCCAUGUGCAUGCAACGACAGACUAGCUGCUGUGGAGGCAUCCUUGGCUGACAUCCAGCAAACCUUGAAGCUUCUUGUUCUACAAAACUCUGCACCGAGUGUACCAUCAACAGGUAUCUAUGCCACCGUUGAAGCGAGAGAAGGGCUUGAUCCAUCAAUCACAAAUCCAGGCACAAGUAACGAAAAGAUCCGUGCUCGAUCGCCACAGCAAGAUAUCAAAAUCGCCCCCGUUCAGACUAUACGGGAGAUGAGCGUUUGGAUCAAUGGAGCUCAUAGUGACAGCAGCCUCGCCAAUGUUGAAGGUGAGGGAUCAACAGCAAACUUAGAGUCAGAGGAAACAGCAAACUACCUGAUCAAUUGUUUUAAACGCAUUUCACCUCGACUCAACUUCAUACAUGCCUAUAUAGGAAACGGGAACGAACCCUGUCAUAGUUUACUCUCCAUGACAUGCGUUCUUGCGGGGAGCCUAACCGCAGAAAAUGUUCAUGGCUCGAAUUCCUACAAGUCUUUAUAUGUCAAAGUGAAGAAUACGUUAGGUAAAAGUAUGCUGGCUACCCCACUGAGCCUGCCUACUAUUUACUCCAUGCUCAUUUCCAGUACCUUUAACCUUCAUCCGACGUUUCAAUCGCGAUACAUCGAUACCUGGCUGCUAAGCGGCUCUACUAUCUUGCAUCUGAUGUUAUUCAUGGACUUCUCCUUCCCCGAUAACGUCGAACCUCUGGAAGAUGAGAAGAUUAGGAGUCAGAUUUUGGCUUGGAAUUCAGCCUGCCUGAUUCAUCUCAAAUUCUCCUUGGGAACAGGCAAGCUGUCGGUCCUUGAGCCUGAUCGUCUGAUUAGCUUCAUAACUACAGUGAACCAAUCCCCAAGAAGCACACAAAGUGAUAGAAGCGUGGCUUCAGAAUUACAGCUACACUUUCUGCUCUACAAAGCAAUUAUCCAAAAAGUCCUUCCCGAGGAGGAAGUACGAAGUCACAUAGAGCAAUGGCAUAACAUCAACGAUUCUGAAAGCGAUCUCUCUCUUGAAAUGGGCUUUUCAGCUGUUAUGCUUGUUCUUGAGCGUUGGCAGCUCGCCCAGCGACACCAGGAAACAGACAAAUCGGCCCCAACUAAACAGGGAGAGGCUACCAUAACAUACCGCCACUGCAACGAAGGGCUCAUUAGCUCUAUGCUACGACACUGUACUUUGGUCCUCGAGGGGAUGGGAAAGUACGCUGCGUCCAUUGGACCAAUAACCACAUACGACUUGCUCCUCGGCGCCUAUGCCGCCGUCACUCUUGUGGAGUAUUCGGAUUACUUGUCUGAUGUCAAGAAAGUGUUCGACUUGAUGCAAACAGUAAGCGACCAGUGGCCCAGCUUCAUGAGCCCAGAACCUGUAUUUGACUGGGCCAAAUCCAUGAUGUCAAAGCGGGUUGCAGAUAUAGGCAACGAAUCCGCCGCUAUUUCCCCGCCGAGUUCUAAUUUGUUCCAUCCCUCGGACACCUGGUGGACGCCCUUGGACUUUAUCAUGUAUGCAGGGACUGCCGAUGAUACCGACAUCACUAUGGGUAUCUAA